CUUUUGUCGGCAAGUCUAAGCAUCAGCUUCGACUUUCAGGAUGAGAGACAAAUGGCGCAAGAAGCGUGUCCGUCGUGUAUGUCGUGCCCCUCUCUACCACCACGAUUGCCGCUGACAUGGUCGCUCGGCUUCAGCUCAAACGUAAGAGGAGAAAAAUGCGCGCACGCUCCAAGGCAGGCUCACGGUGACCAAUUAAACGAUCGCGCAUGGCGCCUCGAGCUUGCAUGCUCCCUGUCGAAACUCGUGACAGACGACUAUGGCUCUCCUCUGGCAAGAAGGUGCAACGAUAUCUCUAGGCAUGAUCUGCUCGCGCUUUCUACAAUUCUGCAAGAAAGCAAAGGGCACGCGCUAAGGACGGGAUGGAGUUGCAUGGUGUUGAGUCAGAUAGAGAGGCGAUCGACCUUACGAAAGACACCCAAAGAUGUCAAGAAAGAGUUUCUGUUUCUCUCUUAUCCCAAUUGCAGCCUGACCCUUGUUUUGGCUCGCUCAUACAUACAUUGA